AUGUCCUUCAAUGUCUAUACAGCCGAAUACGCUGGCGUGCCAAACCAUGAAGCCAUUUAUAUCGAAACCAACCCUGCCGCGCUGAGAACCUCGGAAGGAGGGCGUCUCUAUCAUGUGACUGGAAAUCUACUUCAAGGCAUGAAAUACGAUCCCAGAGGCUCAAUGGACCCAGAGUUCUCUGCUUCGCAUGUACCGGGCACCAAAAAAAAGAUUGGGACCAUCGCAAAGGAAGACUUGGCCAGAUUCGAGACAGAGUGCUGCCAAGCAGUUCCCGCGCCCCGCGCUCAAUUGACUCUCGGUGGCAAGCAACUGUAUCCUGGCACGCAGCUCUAUCGCUGCGGAGACUGGCUCCGCGACGUAAGAAGCUAG